AAAAAGUAGAGUACAGUAUACUCUACUGAACAUGCAGUGUACUGAACAUACAGUAUCUACUAUGCUGAACAUAUUUACUGUACUCCUAUUCUACUGAGCCGUAUUCUGUACCCUACUGUAUACUGACCUAUGCUGUGAUGUCCAAACUUGUGAAACAUAGACAUCUAUGAUUGUUUCAGAUUUGGUCUGGUCGGUACCAACCAAAUGUGAUCUUGUUUGGAGGCGGAGCUCAUUACAAUGACAGCCAGUGUCUAGAAUAAUAUGCAAAAUAAGGAUAUUGCAUAUUUUUACCUUUUGUGUAGCAAUGUAGGAUAGUGAUAGUCAUAUCCAUAAUAAUGCAUUUCUGUAUAGUACAUAUUAGGGACAAAUUAUGGAAUUCCGUUACCAGAUGUAAAUCAAUUUCAAUUUACGAAAUAUUUGUCAUGUCAUAGCUGACACCCCAUUCUUUCUGCAGACACCUUUGAAUCAUCAUUUGGAGCGGAUAUUUGGAAAAUGUGGUUCCAGAUUUUUUUCGCGGGAUAUUUUACCUUUAAUUGUUUCACCAAAUUUUGCAUCUGCAGUUAUUCUGUCUAAAUCGUUCGAAGUAGUCCUUGUUAAUACAGUUUUAUGAUUUGUUAAACUUUGAAAUCAAUGUUUUUUGUUUGGCAUACAUCUCAAAGUGAAACAUCGGAGUGAAAGCGUAAUUCCGGUACCAUGGAGUAUCGCCAUUGAUCAAAUAGCUACUAAUUUCAGACAUGACAUGCAAAUGUCAAUCUCUAAAACACUGUUAAACUGUGCCAGUUAUCCAAGAAAGGUUAAGCCACAAAGCCUUUGGAUGGAAGCCCACAGCUCAAGCCGGUCAAUCCUGUCCAGGAAGAGGAGGAGAGAUGGAUCCAAGGGAGAAGCUGAGGAGGUAGAGCGACCAGGGAAAGUCCCAAGAUCCACCGUGGGUUUAAAAGAUCCCGCCUCCUUUGCUGAUGAGCUGGAGUCGGCUGAGGACACUCCAUACCUGCGAGUCAGCAUGGAGGAGGCCAAGAGGGGAACUCCAUUUCAUAGGCCAGUGCGGGUCUAUGCAGAUGGCAUAUUUGAUGUGUUUCACUCAGGCCACGCCCGGGCCCUCAUGCAGGCCAAGGGCCUCUUCCCCAACACAUACCUCAUCGUGGGCGUGUGUAGUGACGACCUGACGCACAAGUUCAAGGGGUUCACAGUGAUGAACGAGGACGAGCGCUACGAUGCAGUCAGCCACUGCCGCUACGUGGACGAGGUCGUCAGGAACGCGCCCUGGACGCUUACGCCCGAAUUCCUCGGCAAGCACCGAAUCGACUUUGUUGCCCAUGACGACAUCCCAUAUACAUCAGCAGGCCAGGAUGACGUUUACAAGCACAUCAAGGAGGCGGGCAUGUUUGCGCCCACCCAGCGGACGGAGGGCAUCUCCACCUCGGACAUCAUCACACGCAUCGUCCGCGACUACGACGUGUAUGUGAGACGCAACCUGCAACGCGGCUACACUGCAAAAGAGCUCAACGUCAGCUUCAUAAAUGAGAAGAAGUACCACCUGCAGGAGCGUGUGGACAAGGUGAAGAGGAAGGUGCGUGACGUGGAGGAGAAGAGUAAAGAGUUUGUGCAGAAGGUGGAGAACAAGAGCAUCGACCUCAUCCAGAAGUGGGAGGAGAAGUCCCGGGAGUUCAUCGGCAACUUCCUGCAGAUGUUCGGCCCCGAGGGAGCACUGAAGCACAUGUUGAAGGAGGGCAGGGGCCGGAUGCUGCAGGCCAUCAGCCCAAGACAGAGUCCCAGCAGCAGUCCCACCCGUGAGCGCUCUCCCUCCCCCGUCUUCCGCAUGCCCUUCUUAAACAAGGCCGUGACCUCACCCCACCACAGUGCUGCACGGGGAUACACCGUCAGUGAGGAUGAUGACGAGUCUGACGAAGGUUAGGGCUCACAUUUCUCGCGUUUGUUAAUCCUGCUCUCCGGUCCAUCGACAGUAUCAGCGGUCAAGCCCCUCCAACCAAUCAUCAGUAUGUCCAAUUAUCUGUAUAGCGUUGUCCCUCACGUCCAUUUCAUAUGUACUGUACCACAUCAGUCAGAGGGGGGUUAUUGCACAAUUAGUUUGACAGCUGAUGUUGCAUUUCUCACCGAUUAGGAACAUUUAGGUGCAUGCUUCCAACUCAGGAUGUUAUAACCUUAGUGGGAAAUUCAGUUUUGUCUUCUAUAAGUUGAGGGGUGUUUGGUACACUGUUGCAUUCCUCUACAGAUGAUCUGAGAGUAUGAUAUAUAGUAACCCUCAGUCCCUUGAGGAUUCCCCCUCGGAGUGUUUGCUUCUGUGAGUGUGUAAACUGCUAGCUUGUGUAGGCAUCUCAAUGUCCUCCAUCCAUGGACUCAGCUUGACCUUUUUGCACAUUAUAAUACUAAUAGUUGGUUUUGAUGGUCUGAGUCGAGGUCAGUCUUUGGACAGAGGUUUUCAAAGCAUAGUGCCCAGCAUUUAACUAGAGAACUGAUCUUGUUCAGUAGGGCUCAAGAACCUGUUUUCAGGAGGUUUUAGCUGAAGCCAAACAAUUGUGUGCAAUAACGAGACCUAAUUUUUUAAAAAUGAUUAGAUACGUAAUACAAUUUUAUCCCUUUUACAUAUCUCCCUCCUGUAGUUGGGAUCAUUUGAUUUUGGCUGUUAACCCAACCCUUGCUAGUCUGUGGCAGCAAAGCAGGUGGUUUUAAACAUAUCAUAACCAUGUUGGAUUGUCUAUACAGUGUAAGGGAUGAUAUGAUCCAUCAUUUGACUGGACUGAUUAUUUGGGAUUUGAAUAAAUCCAUUAGGGCAUGUCUAUAUAUAUAAUCUAUCUUUUGGUAGCAAGAGUUGUCUGAUAUGUAAGAAGCCAGUACUAACCUUCUGUCAGAUACAAAAUGUACAUUGUUUUAAACAUUUUACUGUUUGGGUUGUUUGUUUAGCUCCUGAAUGUGCAGGCAUGAGAUACCAGGGAACAUGUCAAUGGAAUAAAAACUUCAACCAUAA